CGGGCUGGCGCUUCCCCUCCGCGCUGCUUGCUCCCUGUAGCAACACCCCAGGCCCAAAUCCUGCAGGAGUGGUGGAGGCAGCUCCCUGCAAAUGUUCGUUAAUAGCCCAGCGAUCAGAACUGUAUACAUCAAUGCAAAACUACCAGCAAGCUCUCCAUGAUGCAGAUGUAGUCUGCCGAAACAAACCUCUCUGGCCAAAGGGUUUCACAUGGCCUGUGUUGUCUGGCUGGGCUUGUCACCACCUCCUCCACCCCGUCAAAGGGCCCCUGGAGCGGCUCCUAGCAGCAGCUUUAUCUGAGGACCUCUCUUCAAAUCAUGAGAACAACAGCCCUGCCUCCACUGAAGGUCAUUAUGUGAAAGCAAAAGCUCUUUAUGGAUUGGGGAGGACUGAGGAAGCAUUGAAGGAGUUCCUUUAUUGUGUUGCCUUAAAUCCUGAAUGGAACUCAAUGAAGAAAGAAGCUCAAAAGAUAAUGUGUGAGAUGUUCUUCCCAGCCUUUGAAAAUGUGCAUGAUAGCCUCGCAGCACCUUUUUGCAAUCGGCCAUCCAUUACAAGGUUGAAACCUGUAUUUUUAAGCAGCAUAAACGCACAAGCUACUGUUGAGGAUGGCUCUAGUGCUGGGUGUUCAAAGGAUACUGUAUUCAGGUUAAAAACACCGUCCCAGGAGUCUGACUUCCUUCGAAGCACUGAUUCGUCUGCCUCACAUCCUGUCCUGGAUCUGUAUUGUGAAGACGAUAAGAAGUCCUUGGGAGCAAUUCUCUCCAGCUUACCUGGGGAUAAUUUAAAAAGAAAACUGUCCAGUGAUUUGAAGGAUUUGCAAAGUUUGGAUGUUCCUAACAAGAUUACUAAAAAAGAUGACCCUGUUUUACCUGAAAGCUCCAUUGCCACUGCAUCAAGUGGUGUACCAGCAGUCCUUGUGGAAGCAUCUGACUUUGAAUGUUCCCUCUGUAUGAGGUUAUUCUAUGAGCCUGUAACCACUCCUUGUGGACAUACAUUCUGUCUCAAAUGCCUCGAGCGUUGCCUUGAUCAUAACCCUUAUUGUCCACUUUGCAAAGAAAAGCUAUCAGAAUUUUUGGCAAGCAGAACUUAUAAAAAGACUGUCCUUACAGAAGAACUUAUAGUUCGUUACUUGCCUGAGGAAUUGUCUGAAAGGAAGAAAAUUUAUGAAGAAGAAAUGAAGGAAUUAUCAAAUUUGAAUAAAGAUGUUCCAAUCUUUGUGUGUACUAUGGCCUUUCCUACCAUCCCUUGUCCACUUCAUGUCUUUGAGCCACGUUAUCGGCUAAUGAUAAGAAGAUGCAUGGAAACUGGUACCAAACAGUUUGGCAUGUGCUUGGCUGAUGAACUAAAAGGGUUUGCAGAUUAUGGCUGCAUGUUAGAGAUCAGGGAUGUAAAAUUUUUUCCUGAUGGGCGUUCAGUUGUUGAUACUGUUGGUGUUCGUCGGUUUAGGGUCUUGAGCCAUGGCCAGCGAGAUGGGUAUAACACUGCAAACAUUGAAUAUCUUGAAGAUAAAAAGGUGGAAGGACCAGAAUAUGAAGAACUUGUCUGUCUCCAUAAUUCAGUUUAUGAUCAAGCUGUUGCCUGGUUUACUUCUCUUAAGGAUGACAUGAAGGCGCAAAUUCUCAGUCAUUUUGGGUCAAUGCCAGGGAAAGAACCAGAGCCACAGAGUAAUCCCAGUGGUCCAGCCUGGCAUUGGUGGCUCUUGGCAGUGCUGCCACUAGAAAACAAGGCUCAGCUAGCUAUACUUGCCAUGACUACACUUAAGGAACGUCUUAUUGCCAUCAGACGUGUAUUAAUAUUUGUAACUCACAAAAGACCCAGAUGACAUGGCCUUAUGUAUGAACAGGCACCAACAAUAUGUUGGAAGACACUUUAAAAAAAGCAUUGUGCAGAAAUGAACAAACCUGCAUCUGACAUCCAUUAAUAACAGGUUCACUAAUCAGGGUAUUUCCCAAACUUUGCACUCUAUCCAGUUAAGAAGCACAUUGUGCCUGUUCUGAUGAAAUCUGAGCCUCUAUGAAGUUGUAAUACAAUUGCAGUGUAGCUGGUAGCGUGGCUGACUGCUUUGAAGUGGUGUAACAGCUAAUGUUUUUAGACUGUGAGAGAUGAAGUUCAAAGUACCAGAGCACCACAUGCUAUGGCCUGCUUGCCAGUGUUCCACGUGCAGUUUGGAUUUGUGCGUACCAGGAAAAAGAACUCUGGACAAUGGAUAUAAGCUAAGGACAGACUGAGUAGAAUUUUCUUUAGAGGUAUUCAACAGAAGGGAAACAAAAUUUUCCUGUGGAAGAAUGCACGAAGAACAUGGCUGACAGUAGACUGACUGUGCACUCAUAUAAUACUUGUUCAAGAAAUAUUGGUAUAUGAAACAGUAACUUUGAUAGUCAAGGCUAUAGAGAAUAUUUGUCUGAAAGAAUAGGUACUGAAUAGUAUUGUAUUUGAUAGCCUUAAGUAAUCCCUUGUGUUGUGAUUCGCAUGUUGCAAUAGAAUGAGUAUAUCAAAAUGUCUGAAGAAGUGUGCUUUGAUUUUUGUAAAAAAAAAAAAAAAAGAAAAAGAAAAAAAUCGAAGUAAUCCUGGUUGGUCUUAUCACUAAAUGCAAACUUCCUAAGAUGUGAUGCUAGUAAAGGCUGCUGUGACAUAGCAAUUUCACUCCAAAUAUUGGGAAAGCAUACUGUAGUGCUUAGCUGAUGUGUGUUCUGCAACUUAAACCUGGCUAGGAUAAACACUGGGGAAGAUUCCAUUUUCUUCUACAUCUGCAAAAGAUGUGCCAACCUAGUGUGUGUUACAUUGGAACAAAACUUGUAAGAAGUCUUUAAACCAAAAGUUAGUAUUAUGGUUUAUCUACCAAUUGCUGUAUGUGGUUAGAAUCUUGGUCCAUGGCAACAACAUGAAAGGAGGCACAAACCGAACUCUAAAAAGCAAGUCUCAAUGCAAACUUAAUUCAGGUGUUAUCUUUGUUUGUCUUUAUUUUGUUUGUUUUAUUACAUUUUUGUUACUAUCUUACCUUGGUAGUUAUUAACAUUGCUGGUUUGUCAAACUUUAUUUUAAAUAACGAACAGUGUUACUGAGUCAAUUGGUGUAUCUUCCUACAAGUAGAAUUGUUUUUACCAAUAGAGAAAAGUUGGCCUCAAUCUCAGUGUGCUGUGAACAUAUACUCAUUUUAAGACAUGUUCAUGUGCAAAAGUCUGGCAAGAUGAAAACUGUUGUUUACCUACAUGUUUAAAGUGCCUAACUUUUUUCUUUUAGUUUGCUUGUUUUAUGUCAAUGAAGAUGUAUAAAAACAUUUUGCACAGGAGUCAUACAAGAAAACUGUAUAAAACAAAUGCAGUAACUAAAUGACACUUACUGCUUUCUCGGGUAUUAUAAUUACAACCUGUGUGGUCUGGGAAACAAAACUAGUUGUUUUUUUUUCCUUUUAGCAAACAGUACCACAAAUGGUUUCUGUAACAUACCCUGAAUGUACUGUAAUUGCCUCUACCUUGAACACACGCCUUUUCUAGCUAAAUGAUUUGUAACAAUAUUAUUGAAUUGUGAAGUGCAACCAAUGAUGUAGUAGCCUCUACAAUAGCCUUUCUGCAAGUUCUGCUACCAUUACUGGAGUACUAAUAGUAAAAACUGUAUGAGUUCCCUCCAGAGUCCUGAGAGCGUGGGAAAACAUCAGGGCUAUAAAGAAAUAGCUGUAGAAAGCUUUUUUGAAUGGAGGGGGAAAUGCCGCAAAUCAGUAACUCCGACUUUAUGUAGCUGUUUCCAAUUAACCCAUUUUUUAUUUUAGUCUACCAAUACUUUUGAUAGCUAACAUUCAAAGUUUGGCAAGCUAGUUUUCAGUCAAAAAAAUGGACCAUUUUAACCCUUUUCUGUUAUUUCCCACUCUUGCCAUUGCUAACUAUGCUUCAUCUUACUUGUUUCAUUAGCAUUCCUCUCACCUUUCCCCCUUUAGGUCUUGUAUACUUAAGCAUUUAAUGUUUUUGGCUGCAAAGGGACAUUGGUAGUAUUAUACAAUCCUAGUCCUGCAUAGUUAAAUAUGCAUUUAACUUUACACACAAGAGUAAAUCUUUUUUUAAAAAACAAAGGUGCUAUUUAGUGUCUCGUUGGCCUUAAUUACUUAAGGCAAUGUGAAUUUCUUUGUUAUUUGCAAGAGCUGUUUUAAAUAUCUACUAUUGAGGUACUUCCUAGAGCAACUGUACAAUACAAAAGGGUGUUUGUCCUUUAUUGCUGUUCUAUGAUGUGUAAAGAUACAAAAUUAACAACAACAAAAAAUACUUUUUAUGUUGGGAAUGACAUGGCUGUCUCCAAAUGCCUCUAAUUAGUGACAUGAGAUCACCAGAAUCAAAACUGAGCAAUAGAGGAAUUUUUAGUCAAAGUUUUAAAACUUUUUAUACAUCUUGAUGCCAGCAUUUUGAAUAAAUACUACAGCUUGUGAAAUAACAUCUGGGUUAAAAUACCAUACUGAUCAACCCAAACUUGGUGUUUUUUCCAAUACCUUAAAUGCUGCAUCACAGUCAAUCUAAAAAGAAAGCACCAUUCUUGGUAUGUGCAGAGUCUCCAAGGUUAAUGUACCUGUUCCAUUGCUGCAAAGUCUCCUUCUGUAGAGUCAGGAGGAAAAUAGUACCUAUGUGAAAGAACUGGUUAUCUUGUCUUUUGACCAGUGGCAAACAUCCGUAUUGCAGCUGUCUUACAUUUUAUGUAGUCCUUUCACGGUGGCACAGCGUAGAAGCUCUGAGCUAAAUGGCAAGAAAAGAAAGGGAGUUCUCUGUUCUCUUAAUCCAUUAGAUUUCUCUCAUUUGUUUCCCAGCACUGUAGGCCAGAGGAAGGGAAGUCUCUUGUUUGCAGAAUGUUGGGCCACUUUAUGCAUCAUAAAGAAGCAAAAAUGCACAAACCCAUUUUCCCCUUUUGCAGGUCAACCUGUAAGACUCUUUAAGCUACAAAAAAACUUGAACUUUUUGUCUUUCAAGAACCACAUAACUUGUUUGCCAUUGAGGGCUUUUUAUCUACUGUAUUUUAACAUGUUGAUUUUGUAUUCAUCAAGUUUACUUUAUACUUUUAAUGUGUUUGAUAAUCUGUUCAGUUUUUUACUGCUCCUUUUUGCAUACUUCAGUCCACAUUUAAACUGGUAAAUAUAAAGCUGUUCUCUCUUCAGAAAGGUGCAUAAUUCUAUUCUCAAUACCUUUUACACUAGUGCAACUGGUAUUUUGGUAGCGCCUUAAUUUUGCAGUCGUAAAAUGAUUGUAUUAAAUUUCAUCUGGCGCUUGUGACCAGAUUUAAACAAGUAUGUUUGACAUGGAAAACUUGAAACCAUUUUUUACUGUUUAAAGCUCAUUAUGAAACGGGGUGUGUACAUAUGUAUAAAUAUAAAUUAUUAAUCUCUGCAUUUUUGUAUCAAAUAAAUACAGGACAAAUGUUCUAACCACAUUUGGCACUUCUCAUUGCAUAAGUAGAGCCAAACUUAAAAAUGUCAAUGUUCAUUUCAUGUAUAUUUGCAAUAUUCAUGGGAAAUGUAUUUAAUUUAUGUGAAUUUGGAAUAAACAGAUCAAAUUUA